ACAAUGCAGUUUUAUUAUUAUGAAUAUAUGUGUUGGUAUGGAGUAAAUCUUGUACUAACAGUGUUUUUAGAGCAAUUGUUUCUUAAUUAUCGGAAACAUAAUAUCAAUGCCAAAAUAUCGACAUUUUACACUGAAUAUCGAUAUUUUGCAACACUGACGAACAUUGAAAUUAUUGAUAAACAUCUAUUCUAUUGCUAAACAAAAAAUAGUAAUGAAAAAUUUAGACAUAAUUUAAUUUAUUACUUUCUUUUAAAGAAACAACCUUUAUAGUAGUUUUCCUUUACAUAAUAUAUCACAAAGAUCGGAUACAUUGGUAGAGCAGUGAUAAUUAAACUAACCUAAAAAUGGGCGGAAACGACAAAAUAAUAGAACAUGAAAACGUUAACGGCGUUGGCUUACUUCUAAAAGUGGGCAAAAGCAGCGGUUCACCAACUUCCCGUCAUUUUACUAUAUCAUUUAGGAAUAAAGAGAAUAGAAAAACCUGGCCUAAGCUUUCCCUGGUCUUUGCAAUAUUGAUAAAUAUAAUGGCGCUAUUUUAUGUACAUAUUAGUAUUACAGCAAUUUUAAUCAUAAUAAUUGUGCUAUCAUUCCUAGUAUUCUUUUGGAUAACACACAGCGUUCAGAGUGAGAGUCUAUUAAUUAUACCUACAGUGGGUAUACAGAGUACAGUGAAAUAUGUAUUUGGCAGAGAAGAAAAUUUUGUUCCAUGGAGUAGUGUAGAUGAUGUUAUUAUUAAUGAAGUUAUUAAAUUGAAUCGUGUACUGUAUUACCUUACAAUACUGGUGAAAACAAAUCAAGCAACUCAGGAUUCCGAAACAAUAAAAUUAUUACCAUUAUUUAAGUAUACAAAACCGAGAUUGCUCAUGCUUGAGACAAUAUAUACCGAGUUACAAGCACUACUAACUGAGUUUCAUGUGGAUCAGUCAGCUAAUGGUUCAGGAGAUAGAACAUGAAGAUCAUGAAAAUCAAAACUGGAAAAGUUGUGAGAGGAUAUUUUAAGACAAAUUGGAGAUUCAACCUAAGUUUUUUAUGGAUGAUUAUUAACUGCACCUGCUUAUUCUAACUUUAUAAGUAGAUGGGGGCACCGGUGGAGGAUGAUAGGAUGAGCAUGAAGUCAGGUCCAUGAGCACAUCAUGAAUUUACCGUUAAACUGGCCAAUGGGGUCGGACUCUGUUAUUAACAGUCCCUUCACCUGCCAUGAUUAAUAAAUUGAUUGCUAAGACUAUAGUUAGGAUAAGCCUAAACGUAAUAAAUACAUAAAGCAAGAUGCCUUAGGUCGCGUGCAUUAUUCAUAUAACUUCUAUACUUGAUGCCUUUAUGUUAAAUAACCAAAAAUAAUAGUUAUGCAAUAGUAUGAUGAAAAUGAUAGGUAUUACAUCUACACUACUACAGUGAAAUCCUUGAAGCACAUGUUUUAAUGGAACACUGUAUUAUUUUUUCAUUUCAGUAACUUUUGAGCUACAAUUCAUACAAAAUUAUAAAUAGUUGUUACCUUAUUACAUCUGCAUUUUUUUAUACAAGACUGCGUACAUAUCUCAGGAUAAAAUCUGCUCGUCAAAUUUAUGAUUUAUCUAUCCGUUUAAUUGUGAAAAGCUAAAAAAUACAUAGUAAAUAAAGUAGUUAUAUUUAAGAAUAUGCUGCAUUCCAUAUUUAAGGGACAUUAGAAAUUAAAAUUGUUAAUUGUUAUUUAUUUUAGUUUUAUAGUUAUGGUGUAUCGUUAUUUGCCAUUUUUAUUGUAAAUAUUUACUUGGUUGGAAAAUAAAUAUUGUAACAU